AUGCCACACUCAGAUGGAGCACCUUCCAAUAAAAAGACUUUGAGAACUUCGUUUCUUCCCACUGUUUUACCUUCGUCAGUCACAUCUGAUAUGUCACCAUUACAGAAUAAACUAUUGACAUACCGAAGAUGCAACGAACAGCAAGAGAUGCUUAAUCAGUUACUAAUUGAUCGAGCUUUAAAAGUCUAUCACAUAUCCAUGGAAGAAAAAUAUCACAGAGAUCCUGUACCUCCUAUCCCGGAACUGCCUUCCACUAUGAACAGUGAGCAAAAACAACGAAGAACAAACUAUCUCUUCAUGAAGAAGUGUGUGCAAAGUAAUCCCGUGGUUCCCAUUCAGCAGCAGUGGCUAAUGUCUAUGCUCACAUUGGUGCCACAGUCGCUUAUGGAAGGCAAAGAGAGAGAGCUGUUAGCUGAAAAGCUUUUAGGGGAGAUAAUAAGGGAUUAUGAAAUGAGCAUGAGAAGAUGUGUGGUGCGAAAUGUUCUUACUAAACCAGACAUAAAAGGACUUGAAGAUGAAGAGGAGGCACCUUUGCCUCUAUCACCUCUAGGCCUGGACUUUUCCAGACCAUGGCAUAACAAUUUUAUCCAAGCAAAAAAUCAAAUGCUUUCCAACUUGCACAUUCUCCACCCCACAAUGAAAACUCUACUGGAUUUUGGUUAUGCAGCAUUCUCUACCUGUCUUAUAUUGGAUUUCUCAAGUUUCAGAUUGAAAGGGCCAAUUGACUGUGAAUCUUUAAAGACUGAUGUCUCUCUAAGCUGUUCUAAAGCAGAAGAGAAGAUAUUGAAUACGUGGUAUCAAAGAGUUAUUGGUCUCUUUACGCAGAAGGAGUCAUUGAAUGGUGUAAAGUUGGAUCAGGUUGACUCUUUUUAUAACUGUGUGGCUACACUUAUGUCUAAUCAGCUGAAAGAAUUAUUGAGAAGAACGGUUGAAGCUUUUGUGAAACUUUUUGAUCCUGAAGACAGAAAUGGUCUACCUUUAUUUAAGAUGGAAUUGACUCUUGAUGAAAAGAAAAUGGAGUUUUAUCCAAGCUUCCAAGACCUAGAAGAAGCAAUUCUGUUUAUAGUAAAUCGUAUAGGACAGACUCUUCAGAACAUCCAGACAGUACGUUCUUGGCUGAUGGGAGGCACUACAACUCUGGACACUGAGCUUCCUAAUCAUGUCAUAGUAUGGGCCACAUCUACACUGAAAAAAUCUAUCAGAGACAACUUAGAAGGUCCAAAGGAAUAUUUUGAAAACUAUGUUGAAAGGUAUGGCUGGCUUGUAGAUGGAACUGCACAGGCACGGAUAGAAAGAUUUGAAGCAGAAGAACACAGUUUUGAUGAAUAUACUGCUUUCAUAGAUGAAUUCUUCACCCUCAAGAAGGAAAUCUUGAGUUUACCAGAGGUGGCUCAUUUCCCUAUGAUCUGUUUGAAUUGUGAGGAUUUCAAGCAAAGUUUGGCUAGUAAUGCAAACACCUUUGCAAAAAUGCUAAUGGACAGAAUAGUUGGGAAUCACAGAGAGGAAAAUGAAAAGAUAUGCAGGGAAUUUGAAGCCAUUAAGGAACGUGCAUUGAAAGUUCCUGAGACAACAGAGGAAAUGGUGGAAACAAUAGCUUACAUAAAGAAGGUCAAAACCAAAGGUAUUCAGGACCUGUUAUUAAGGAUCAAGGAGUGCUGUUGGCAAAUGAAUUACCUCUUAGAUGUUUUUUUAUUUGCUCCUGAAGACAUUGUACUGAAUGCAACAGUUCUAUUAUGGCCAAAGAAGAUUAACCCUAUUUUUGAUGAGCAUGAUGAUCUGAUUGAACAGUCUAAACGUAAAGGAGAGCAAGAACUAAUACAUAAAUAUGAGAAACUGAUGGUGGAAUUAGACAAGCUGACGCGUUCUAUGGCAGAGUUUGAAGAAUACUCAGAACUGGAUUGCAUGCAGCAGUAUGUGACUGACCUGAGGGCGUUACAGAAACGCAUACAGGAGGCUGAUGAAACAGUAGCUCUUAUUAAUAAAGAGGAGACUCUGCUUGAAUGGAAACAGAGUGACUUCCCACUCCUCAACAACUUAAAAGUUGAGAUUGAACCGUAUCAGAAACUCUUUCAUCUUAUACUGAAAUGGCAACGAACAGAAAAAAGAUGGAUGGAUGGUACCUUUUUGGAACUAAAUGGGGAAAGCAUGGAGGCUGAGGUUGAUGAGUUUUUUAGAGAGAUAUACAAAGCGUCAAGACUGUUCCAACAAAAGCAGAAGAAAAUUCAACAGGAGUGGAAAAAGACAUCACGAUGCAGAACUGUAGAAGAGAAGACAGAAGAAGAAACAAAGGCAAAUCCAACUCUUACAAUGUGCUCUUUAGUUCUGGAGCAGGUUAAAGACUUUAAGGAGAAUAUUCCCACUGUAACUAUCUUUUGUAACCCCGGCAUGAGAACUCGUCAUUGGCAGCAGAUGUCAAAUAUAGUAGGAUAUGAUUUAACACCAGACUCUGGAACUACCCUGAGAAAAGUUUUGAAGCAGAAUCUAGUCCCUUAUAUGGAAGAGUUUGAAGCUAUAAGUGUAGGUGCAAGCAAGGAAUUUUCCUUAGAGAAAGCAAUGCAUGCCAUGAUGGAAACCUGGGAUUCAAUUUCCUUCAAUACAAGUGUGUAUCAUGAGACUGGUAUUCAUAUUCUGUCUGCAGUGGAUGGGAUUCAAGCUGUUCUCGAUGAUCAGAUUAUGAAAACUCAGACAAUGAGAGGAUCACCUUUCAUUAAACCAUUUGACAAAGAAAUCAGGGAAUUUGAAAAUCACUUAAUUCAAAUUCAGGAGAUUAUUGAUGAAUGGCUGAAAGUGCAAGCACAGUGGCUUUAUUUGGAACCCAUUUUUUCUUCUGAGGAUAUUAUGCAACAGAUGCCGGAAGAGGGGCGUCUCUUUCAGACUGUGGAUAGAUACUGGAGGGAUAUUAUGAAGUAUUGUGCCAAAGACCCAAAGGUUCUUGUUGCUACUUCCUUGAUAGGGUUAUUGGAGAAGCUUCAGAACUGUAAUGAGCUUCUUGACAAUAUCAUGAAAGGGCUUAAUGCUUAUCUUGAGAAAAAACGUCUCUUCUUUCCCCGCUUCUUUUUUUUGUCUAAUGAUGAAAUGUUGGAGAUCCUGUCGGAGACUAAGGAUCCUCGCAGAGUUCAGCCUCACUUGAAGAAGUGUUUUGAAGGCAUUGCUAAGCUACAUUUCCUUCCCAAUUUGGAUAUUAAAGCAAUGUAUAGUUCUGAAGGCGAGUGUGUAGAACUGAUUUCAACCAUUUCUACUUCUGAAGCUCGAGGUGCAGUGGAGAAGUGGUUAAUUCAAGUAGAAGAUAUUAUGCUGAAGAGUAUACAUGAUGUUAUUGCUAGAUCAAGAAUGGCAUAUCUAGAGACUGAGAGAAAAAGAUGGGUUCUGGAGUGGCCUGGACAAGUAGUAUUGUGUGUGUCUCAAAUGUUCUGGACAAGUGAGGUACAUGAAAUUCUUUGCAGUGGACCAGAGGGUUUAAAGAAUUAUUAUGAAACACUUCAGCUUCAACUUAAUGAUAUUGUAGAGCUGGUAAGAGGAAAACUGUCGAAGCAAACAAGGACUACACUGGGUGCCUUGGUUACUAUUGAUGUUCAUGCUAGAGACGUCCUCAUGGAAAUGAUUGGAAGUGGCGUGCAGAGUGAAACAGACUUUCAGUGGCUUGCACAACUACGAUAUUAUUGGGAAUUUGAGAAUGUUCGUGUCUGCAUCAUUAAUUGCAAUGUAAAAUAUGCCUAUGAAUACCUUGGAAACUCACCACGCCUUGUCAUCACUCCUCUUACAGACAGGUGUUACCGCACCUUGAUUGGAGCCUUUUAUUUAAACCUUGGUGGUGCCCCAGAGGGUCCAGCAGGGACAGGUAAAACAGAGACCACCAAAGACUUGGCUAAAGCUCUUGCUGUUCAGUGUGUUGUCUUCAACUGCUCUGAUGGCCUCGAUUACCUGGCAAUGGGAAAGUUUUUCAAGGGUUUGGCUUCAUCAGGUGCAUGGGCAUGUUUUGAUGAAUUCAAUCGCAUUGAACUGGAAGUACUGUCUGUUGUGGCACAGCAGAUCCUUUGCAUCCAGAGAGCCAUACAGAUAAAGCUAGAAACAUUUAUUUUUGAAGGAACUGAACUGAAGCUUAACCCCAACUGUUUUGUAGCUGUUACUAUGAAUCCAGGUUAUGCAGGACGUUCUGAACUUCCAGAUAAUCUGAAGGUUCUUUUCCGAACAGUAGCCAUGAUGGUUCCUAACUAUGCUCUGAUAGCAGAAAUAUUGCUCUAUUCAUAUGGAUUUUUGAAUGCUAAGUCACUGUCAGUGAAGAUAGUAAUGACCUACAGGCUUUGUUCAGAACAGCUUUCCUCUCAGUAUCACUAUGACUAUGGUAUGCGAGCAGUUAAAGCUGUGUUGGUGGCUGCUGGGAAUCUAAAAUUGAAAUUUCCCACAGAAGAUGAAGAUAUAUUGCUUCUUAGAUCAAUUAAGGAUGUGAAUGAGCCCAAAUUUUUGGCGCAUGAUAUACCUCUGUUCAUGGGUAUAACUAGUGAUUUAUUUCCUGGAAUCAAGCUUCCUGAUGCAGACUACAAUGAUUUUCUGGAAUGUGCCAGCGAAUGUUGCGUUCGACAUAAUGUCCAACCUGUAAAAGCUUUUAUAGAGAAAAUGAUACAGACAUAUGAAAUGAUGAUUGUUAGACAUGGCUUUAUGCUGGUAGGGGAAUCUUUUUCUGGGAAGACCAAAGUUCUACAUGUGUUGGCAGAUACACUGUCUCUUAUGAAAGACCGUGGUUAUGGUGAAGAAGAAAAAGUAGUUUUUAGAACUGUGAAUCCAAAAUCAAUCACUAUGGGUCAGCUUUUUGGGCAGUUUGAUACAGUAUCCCAUGAGUGGACAGAUGGUAUAAUCGCUAAUACUUUCAGAGAAUUUGCAUUAUCUGAGACUCCUGAACGCAAAUGGGUUAUCUUUGAUGGCCCAAUUGAUACUCUGUGGAUAGAAAGCAUGAACACGGUUCUGGAUGACAACAAAAAGCUUUGUUUGAUGAGUGGGGAAAUCAUCCAAAUGUCCCUUCAGAUGAAUCUUAUUUUUGAAACAAUGGAUCUUUCCCAGGCAUCACCUGCUACAGUCAGUCGUUGUGGCAUGAUUUAUUUGGAACCUUCUCAACUGGGCUGGAGGCCACUUGUUACCUCUUGGUUGAGUAAACUGCCUGAACCUCUUAACUUGAAGGGACAUCAAGAUCUUCUACAGGGACUUUUUGAUUGGUUAAUACCACCAGUAUUAAGACUCCGGCAGAAACAGUGCAAGGAACUGGUACCUACAAGCAAUACCAACGUUGUAGUAGCUCUUACACGGCUUUUUGAAAUGUUGAUUUGUCAAACUGUGCGAGAAGAUCCCACCAACAGAAACAUCCGUGCAUGGAUUAUGGGUUGCUUUGCUUUUGCCACAGUCUGGUCCAUUGGUGGAACUUGUGAUGGUGACAGCAGGAUAAUUUUUGAUAAUUUCUUGAGGGAAACUUUGGCUGGGAAAUCUGCAAUAAAUCCUGUACCAAUGAGUGUGGGAAAAUGGGAGUGUCCCUUUGAAGAGAAAGGCUUGGUCUAUGACUACAUGUAUGAGCUGAAAGGCAGAGGACGUUGGGUUCAUUGGAACGGAUUUAUUAAAAAUAUUAAUUACAGUGAUAAACAUGUGAAGAUUCAAGAUAUUAUAGUCCCAACUAUGGAUACAGUCCGAUAUACCUAUUUGACAGAGCUGUUCAUUACCCAUGGAAAACCGCUGCUUUUAGUGGGACCAACAGGUACUGGGAAAUCUGUGUAUGUCAAGGACAAGUUAAUGAACAACUUGGAAAAGGAGCGCUACUUUCCCUUCUUCAUUAAUUUUUCAGCUCGAACCAGUGCCAAUCAGACCCAGAACAUUAUUAUGGCCAGGCUGGACAAGAGGCGCAAAGGAGUCUUUGGCCCUCCAAUGGGAAAAAAGUGCAUUAUUUUUGUAGAUGAUAUGAAUAUGCCUGCUUUGGAGAAGUAUGGUGCACAGCCUCCUAUAGAACUUUUAAGACAGCUCUUUGACCAUGGAUUUUGGUAUGAUUUAAAGGACACAUCUAAAAUUACACUUGUUGAUGUACAGUUGCUUGCUGCUAUGGGGCCUCCAGGAGGUGGGAGGAAUCCUGUUACUCCUCGAUUUUUGCGACACUUCAACAUUUGCACUAUUAAUUCUUUUAGUGAUGAAACAAUGGUUCGCAUCUUCUCUACCGUAGUAGCUUUCUACCUACGGACUAGUGAAUUUUCUUCUGAGUUCUUCACAAUUGGAAAUCAAAUUGUCACUGCCACUUUAGAGGUGUAUAAGAAAGCCAUCAAAAAUCUUUUGCCCACACCAGCCAAAUCUCAUUAUAUAUUCAACCUGCGUGACUUUUCACGUGUUAUCCAUGGCUGCUUGCUCAUUAACAGAAGAUCAGUUGAAAGCAAACAUGUAAUGAUUCGGCUGUUUGUACAUGAGGUAUUUCGUGUCUUCUAUGACCGUCUAGUGGAAGACAAUGAUAGAGCCUGGUUGUUCAAUUUAAUGAAAAGUAUUGUGAAAGAACAUUUCAAAGAAACAUUUGAUUCAGUUUUUGCACACCUGAAGCAAGCAAAAACACCAAUAACAGAAGAAGACAUGAGAAGUUUGUUUUUUGGUGACUACAUGAUUCCAGAACUUGAGGGAGAUGAAAGACUUUAUGUUGAAAUUCCAAGCAUUCAGCUGUUCGGUGAUGUUGUGGAGCAGUGUCUGGAUGAAUAUAAUCAAACCCACAAAACAAGAAUGAACCUUGUGGUUUUCAGGUAUGUAUUGGAACAUUUGUCUCGUAUAAGUCGUAUUCUGAAGCAGCCAGGGGGUAAUGCUUUGUUGGUUGGAAUGGGAGGAAGUGGACGUCAGUCUUUGACUCGUCUAGCGGCAUUUAUGGCAAAGAUGUGUGUUUUUCAACCAGAGAUUUCUAAGACCUACGGUACAAAUGAGUGGAGAGAAGAUCUGAAAAGUCUUCUGAAGAAUGCAGGUGUAAAAGGCUUGAAAACUGUAUUUAUAAUCACAGAUGCACAAAUUAAAGAAGAAAGCUUUUUAGAAGAUGUUGACAGUGUCCUCAACACUGGGGAAGUACCCAAUCUUUUUGCAGCAGAUGAAAAACAAGAAAUUACAGAGGCUGUUCGUGCAAUAGUUCAGGCUGGCAAUAAACAUGAAGAACUCAGUCCCUUGGCCUUGUUUGCGUUUUUUGUGAACUGCUGCAAAGAAAAUCUCCAUAUCGUGGUGGCAUUCAGCCCAAUUGGAGAUGCUUUCCGCAAUCGUCUGAGACAGUUUCCCUCACUCAUCAACUGCUGUACUAUUGAUUGGUUCCAGCCGUGGCCUGAAGAUGCCCUUGAACGUGUGGCUAAUAAAUUCUUAGAAACACUUCAGCUCACAGACAGUGAGCGUCAGGAAGUUGUGCCCAUCUGUAAAUAUUUUCAUACUUCAGUUUUGUCACUCUCUGUAAGGUUCUUGCAAAGUCUGGGACGCCAUAAUUACGUUACUCCUACUUCUUAUCUUGAGCUUAUUGCUGCGUUUCGGAAACUUCUUACUCAGAAACGAGACACUGUAAUGAAAGCCAAGAAAAAAUAUGUGAAUGGACUAGAUAAACUAGCUUUUGCUGAAUCACAAGUUGGUGAGAUGAAACAAGAACUAGUUCAGCUGCAGCCCAAACUGGAAGAGGCUAAAUUGGAUAAUGCAAACAUGAUGAAGACUAUAGAAAUAGAAUCUGCAGAAGUAGAACAAAAAAGAAAAACUGUAAAAGUAGAUGAAGAAAUUGCUGCAGAAAAAGCUGAAGAAGCUCAGACAUUGAAAAAUGAAUGUGAGAGUGACCUGGCAGAGGCAAUCCCAGCCCUGGAGGCCGCACUUGAUGCUCUUGACACUUUGAAGCCUUCUGAUAUAUCAAUUGUCAAAUCAAUGAAAAAUCCUCCGUCUGGUGUCAAACUUGUCAUGGCUGCUGUCUGUGUCAUGAAAGACAUAAAACCUGAAAAAAUUGCAGAUCCUUCAGGGACUGGAGGCAAGAUUUUGGAUUACUGGGCUCCAAGCAAGAAACCGCUUGGUGACAUCAAUUUCUUAAAGGAUUUGAAAGAGUAUGACAAGGACAAUAUUCCAGCAGCUGUCAUGCAGAAGAUUCGGGGUGAAUACUUGACUAAUCCUGAGUUUGAUCCACAAAAGGUGGCUAAAGCUUCCUCGGCAGCAGAGGGUUUAUGUAAAUGGAUUAUGGCAAUGGAGGUGUAUGACAGGGUUGCAAAGGUGGUUGCACCCAAGAAAGAUCGUUUGAGAGAGGCACAGCAGUCCUUAGCAGAGACACUAACACUCUUGAAUCAGAAGAGAGAAGAACUUGCAGCAGUGGAAAAUCAUUUGGCUGCUUUGGAAGGAACCUUCACUGAGAAAACUGAAGAAAAGGCUCAUUUAGAAUUCCAGGUUGAUCUGUGCGCUAAAAAACUAGAACGAGCAGAGAAGUUGAUUGGAGGCCUUGGUGGAGAGAAAUCAAGGUGGAAUAAUGCCGCAAAUGAUCUUCAGGACACAUAUGAUAAUUUGACAGGAGAUGUUCUGAUAUCAGCUGGUGUGAUAGCAUAUCUGGGAGCUUUUACUGCUGGAUUUCGACAAGAAUGUACCAAAGAUUGGAGCAAACUGUGCAAGGAGAAAAACAUCCCUUGUUCUGAGAAUUUCUCUUUGAGUAAGACUCUUGGUGACCCAAUAAAAAUAAGAGCCUGGAAUAUUGCUGGUUUGCCAACUGACAUAUUUUCUGUAGACAAUGGGGUCAUUGUUGACAAUUCAAGACGUUGGCCAUUAAUGAUUGAUCCUCAAGGUCAAGCAAAUAAAUGGAUCAAGAAUUUUGAGAAGGAAAAUGGCCUGAAUGUUAUCAAGGUCAGUGACACAGAUUAUAUGAGAACCCUGGAGAACUGCAUUCAGUUUGGAACUCCACUUCUUCUAGAAAAUGUUGGAGAAGAACUAGACCCAUCACUUGAACCUCUGCUACUUAAACAGACUUUUAAACAAGGUACGUCAAAAUUAAUUUUGAACCAUGAAGUAGAUUACAUUAAUGUUCAUCUCAUAGUCUGUGACAGACCAGAAUUAGAAGAGGAAAGAAAUGCUCUCAUCCUUCAAUCUGCAGCCAAUAAAAAGCAUCUAAAAGAAAUUGAGAAGAAAAUUUUAGAAACCUUACAUUCAUCUGAAGGGAAUAUUCUGGAAGACGAGACUGCUAUCGAGGUCUUGGAUUCUGCUAAAAUAAUGGCUAAUGAGAUCACAAAAAAACAGCAGAUUGCAGAGAAAACGGAACUUAAAAUAGCUGAAUCUCGAGAAGGUUAUCGACCUAUUGCAAAGCAUUCAUCGGUGCUGUUCUUUAGUACUGCAGACUUGGCAAACAUUGAUCCCAUGUACCAGUACUCCCUUAGUUGGUUUGUUAACCUCUUCAUCAUCUCUAUUCACGAUAGUAACAAAUCCAAAAUUUUGGAGAAACGACUUCGAUAUCUAAAUGACCACUUUACAUACAAUUUGUAUUGCAGUGUGUGUCGAUCACUGUUUGAAAAGGACAAGCUGCUCUUCUCGUUUUUGCUAUGUUGUAAUCUUCUCAUGGCUAAAAAUGAAAUAGAACAUCAAGAGUUUAUGUUCUUACUAACUGGGGGUGUGGGUCUCAAGAAUAAGUACAAGAAUCCAGAUCCAUCUUGGCUACCAGAUAAGAGCUGGGAUGAAUUAUGUCGUGCAAGUGAAAUCCCAGCUUUGAAAGGACUGAGGAGUCACAUCUCUGAAAAUAUAGGUGAAUGGCAAAAAAUUUAUGACAGCAAAGAGCCACAAAGCUUUCCAUUACCAGAACAAUUGAGUAAUACAUUAAAUGAAUUACAAAAGAUGAUAAUUCUUCGGUGCUUAAGACCGGAUAAGGUUGGUCCAGCUAUAACAACAUUUGUAACUGAUAAACUGGGGAAGAAAUUCGUAGAGCCACCACCUUUUGAUCUAACAAAAAGUUACUUAGAUUCAAAUUCUGCAAUCCCUUUAAUAUUUGUGCUAUCUCCAGGGGCAGAUCCCAUGUCUAGCCUCCUGAAAUUUGCAAAUGACAGAGAGAUGGUUGGAGAUAAGUUUCAGUCCAUCUCAUUAGGACAAGGACAAGGACCUAUAGCUACAAAAAUGAUUCAAAAAGGAAUGGAAGAAGGAACCUGGAUUUGUUUACAAAAUUGUCAUUUAGCUGUCUCCUGGAUGCCGAUGCUGGAGAAAAUAUGUGAAGAGUUUAACAGUGAAAAAUGUCAUCCAGUCUUCAGACUUUGGCUUACUAGUUACCCUUCACCAAAGUUUCCCGUAACCAUUCUGCAGAACGGAGUGAAGAUGACAAAUGAACCUCCUACUGGUCUCCGAUUAAACCUACUGCAGUCAUUUCUUUCUGAUCCUAUUUCUGAUCCUGCGUUCUUCUCUGGAUGCCCUGAAAAGGAGCUGGUAUGGGAGAAACUGCUCUUUGGAGUUUGUUUUUUCCACGCUCUUGUUCAGGAGAGAAGAAAAUUUGGGCCUCUUGGUUGGAAUAUACCCUAUGGAUUUAAUGAAUCAGACUUACGAAUCAGUAUCAGGCAGCUGCAGUUAUUCAUAAAUGAAUAUAGCCAUGUUCCUUUUGAAGCUGUAUCUUACCUAACUGGUGAGUGCAACUAUGGAGGCCGAGUGACAGAUGACUGGGACAGACGUUUACUGCUGACAAUGCUGGAUGACUUCUAUAAUCCAGAUAUAAUUGAAAAUCCUCGUUACACUUUUUCUCCCAGUGGCAACUAUUAUGCUCCACCAAAAGGCACAUAUGAGGACUAUGUUGAGUUUAUUAAGGGUCUUCCCUUUAGUCAGCAACCAGAGGUAUUUGGUUUGCAUGAAAAUGCGGAUAUCUCAAAAGAUCUUCAGCAAACUAAGAUCCUCUUUGAAUCUCUGCUUUUAACACAAGGAGGAGGCAGUCAGGGAACUUCUGGAGGUGGUGACAGCACUCUCUAUGAAAUUGCAGAUGAUAUUCUCAGCAAGCUUCCAAAUGAUUUUGACAUUGAAGGUUGCUUAAGUAGAUAUCCUGUGAGAUAUGAAGAAAGUAUGAACACUGUGUUGGUGCAAGAAAUGGAAAGAUUUAACCAUUUAAUCCGAACUAUUCGUAUUACGCUAAUUAACCUGAAGAAAGCCAUUAAAGGACUGGUUGUUAUGGAUGCUGAACUGGAGGCUCUGUGUGGCAGUCUACUUAUUGGAAAAGUUCCUGAGAAUUGGGCGAAACGUUCAUACCCAAGUCUAAAACCAUUAGGGAGCUAUAUUCUAGAUUUUCUAGAAAGGCUGAAAUUUUUACAGGAUUGGUAUGAAUUAGGGAAGCCCACGGUUUUUUGGCUGUCAGGAUUCUAUUUUACUCAAGCUUUCUUAACUGGAGCUAUGCAAAACUAUGCUAGGAAGCACAGGAUCCCUAUUGACCUUCUGGGAUGUGAAUUUCAGGUUAUUCCUCAAGAUACUGCUGAUACUGCACCAGAAGAUGGUGUUUAUAUCCACGGAUUAUUUUUAGACGGAGCUCGCUGGGACAGGACCAAGGGAAUGUUAGCUGAGCAGUAUCCCAAAUUGCUCUUUGAUAUGAUGCCAAUCAUUUGGAUAAAGCCAACUGCAAAAUCAAACAUGAAGAAGUCUAAUGCGUAUGUUUGCCCACUCUACAAGACAAGCGAGCGUAAAGGAAUCUUAUCUACUACUGGACAUUCUACUAACUUCGUCAUUGCUUUGACGCUUAACACAGAUAAACCAGUUCAACACUGGAUCAAGCGAGGUGUUGCAUUGCUCUGCCAGCUGGAUGACUAA